CACGAAAUGACCAAAAUUGUUAAAAAUUUUCCGGUGGAGUACCAAAAAAUAGAAAAGGACAUAAAUGCGCUCAACAGGACCAACAUAUUCCAAUACGUCCAUGAACGAUCUCGUCUUAUAUACACGAAGUACAGAAAUGGUGAGAUCACAUCCUCGCUCUACUCGUUUCUAUGCAAGAACCAAUACGUGGACGUGCCGCUGACAAUUUAUUGGCAGAAACAAGGAUAUGAGAGCUUGUGCUGCAUACUUUGUGUAUAUUCCGAGGACAAGAGCAAAGAAAAGGUGUGUAUUUGCAGAGUGCCGCAGCGUAAUCUGGAGCAUGAGAAGAUUGUUGAAUGCAGCGUGUGUAGAUGCAUGGGUUGCGGUGGAUAUUGACGGAGAACUGCGUUGUAAGAUGAAUAAAGCACUUGAUUAACA